GUCAUCUUUAGACGCCUGUCUUCCGAGUUCUUUGCAUACGUGACAAGAUGCCGAUAUAUUCAUAACUUAUGCUCUGUGGACAGUCUUCCUGCAGUCGAGAGUAUAUCAACAAUUCUUUCUUUCUCUUUAGUACUGAAUGGUAUCUUUCUCUCGAUAACUAAUAUAUCAUUUUCCACACUCCACCGACUAGCUGUAUAAUAACACCACAACAAUCUUCAACGAAGCUUUUAGAGAUUCAAGGUGACGCUCUUGGGAAAAAUGUUAUGAUCUCCCCGCGAGGGAUUUGUAACUAAAAUGAACAUAAAUCCCGAUGCUUUCGGACGCUUGAAGCGACUUGCAUCUUCUGCUCUGAAAAAAAAGAAUACUCCAAGAAACAGUGGGUGUGAUAAGGGCGCAGAGGCGAACAAAGAGGAAGGACUGGAAAAAAACCCGGAACAAAAUAAAGGAGAGGAAGCCAAUUCUGUUUCGGGAAGCUCGACAGGUACAAAUGGCGGAAUAUCCUAUGUGUCAAUAAGUAAAGAAAAGAUAGAAUACGAUGCGUCAGCACAAAGCGGCAAAGAAUCCGGAAAAGACAAUGAAAUAAAGAUGGAUAUGGAUACAUUCCGUCAGAUGCUCAAAGAGGUGAUUGUGAAGCGAACCCAUGAAGUAGAAAAGAGAAUUAUGGGAGACGUAGAAGCCUUGAAAAAACAUAUAUUGGCGUUGGAAGAGGAAAAGAAAACACUACAGUCGGACGCUAAACGACUGGAGCAAACAGUGAAACAUAUCUCUUCAAAACAUGAAAGGCAAAAGCCCCAGAUGAUAUCUUGUGGAACACAAAUUGACAUUGGUUUGGUGCAAGGGAAUAAGAUCGUUGAACUUUUAAAAGAUAAUGUUAUUCGUGAAAUGAAAGUCUCAUCAAAUCUUUCUCAAAGCACGGGUAGUACCCAGCAAGCCACGAGAGUAGAUGUGGAGCAAAUUCUCAGGAACCACUUACAUAGCAAUCGAGGAAAGGUACAAAGCAUUACAACAAGUGAAUCAAGAAGAAUAUCUGAUCUCAAUGUUCGUAGUAACAACACUGCACAGGAAAGUGCAAAGCAGACUGUGCCAAUUUUUUCAACUGAUUCCAGAGUGUCAUUGGGACAAACUGGACCAAAUCUUACCAUUGCUCCACCUCAAAGACAGCUAGUUAAUUCAGAAACCGCACAGGUGUACACACGAGAAAGUGAAUCAGCUCACAGAGCUUCGCCUGAAAUUCCCAUUGAACAAACACGCCCCAUUCAAAGGCCAGCGUCUCAUCCAACGGCAAUGCCUGGACCGUCCCCCAAUAACCACAUAAAUCAUCAAGGGCAGUCACCUAUUCUCAUACAGUCAGUUCAUGAGGUUUUAAAAUCCCCUCCUACUAGUUUGAGUCCUGGUCAGGACAAUUUUCCAGCGCGAGGGCGAUGGAAUCCUUCACAACCGGAUAAUCAAAACAUUCGACACCGAAUGCCACAGUCAAGUCUAGCCAUGGACGUGCCAGUUCAAAUGAAACGUGGUCCUCCAAAUAUUUCUUUUUUUGAUCGACCAAACAAGCGGAGUAAAAGAUGGAGCAAUGAUGGUUUACAUGUUGUUUCGAGUAGUAACGACUAUGUUAUGCACAACUUUAAGUUAAAGCCUAUUAACACGACUGCCCUCCCGAGAGUUGUUGCCAGGAGUGUAGCUCCCAUGAAUCAAAGACCUCUUCAACCAAAACCGAUUGUGCCACUCUCUCAACCACAGCGAAGUAAUCAAGCAGUGUACACUAUUAGUCCAUCCAGCCAUAGUCAUCCAUCCAUACCGAGACCAUAUUUAACUCAAGGUUCUUCCAGCCUCGAAUCCAUGCUCCAUCCAAGUCUUCUUCAACCCAACAAGCCAUCGGGACAGGUCAUGAGUCAACAGUCAUUAGGCGUUAAACCCCCUAUUCACAAUACACUUCAUCCCAUUCAUCAGAUAAGUAAGCCUCCCAUUCACCCACAAAGACUUUCAGAAGGUCAGUUCGUGGAAAGGGUUGCUUAUCCUACUAAUCCACCACGACAACCUACCACUGAAUAUGGCCCAAGAAUGCCGCUGGCCAACUCGCAUCCUCCUCAACGCAUAGAGCCAGCGCAAACGUACGGUCAGCCAACUGAAGCCAAUGGUAAAGCGUUCGUUGUUCGAGACUACCAGGUAUCACAACAGAGAGAUCCAAAUUACACAGCUCCUCUACCGCCAGGAGCUGCUGCGUUUCAAGCCGCCACUCAAGCGCCUCCCGGCGUGCCAAGGGGUCGACAUCCGCCGAUUCAAUCCCCUGGUACUUCGUAUUCCUCUUCGCCGUCUAACCGUCAUCCAGGGAAUCCUAUCGUAGGAGGUGAUCAACGUGGUACGGUGAAUCAGUUAAAUACUUUGGUUGCAACAAACGGCGAUUCUAAGGUACAGUUGUUGUCACCACCAAAACCGCAAGCGUCAAUUGUGGUUGUCCAGGACGACAUUGUUCUUUCCUGGAACAUGAGACUAGACGAAACUAUGGCAGAAAUUGAUAACUAUGAAUUGUUUGCUUGUCAAGAUGGUGCCGAAAGCACAAAUCCACCAAUUAUGUGGAAAAAGAUCGGUAUUGUUAAAGCACUCCCGCUACCAAUGGCUUGCACAUUGUCACAAUUCUCCUCUGGGAAUAAGUAUCAUUUCGCCGUGCGCGCAGUUGACGACCAAGAGCGUGCAGGUCCCUUCAGUGACCCGUGCACGAUUUCUUUGACUUAAUGUUUCACCAUUUUAUUCUUUAAUGAAAUCAUUGUCCUGAGUCACUGCUGUUCUUUAACUGAACCAUUGUUUGACAAAUACCUAGAACGUUGCCCCACUUGAGUACUUUGGUCGGAAUUUUCUGAGAAGCCUUCGCGCACUUCGUUAGCCAAUUCAACCAUCAGCGUUUUACCUUGUCAAGCUACUGACGUGAGAUCAACUAAGUUUAUGCUUAGAAUAAAUUUCUUCACACAUUUGGUUGACUUUGAUUUGGCAAAAACGAUGGCUUCCCAUAUUAGUUUGUGAAACAUUUAAGCGGCAGAAAGAAAAGACACAUAUUGUAAGCAACCAAACACAUCCAAAUUUAUUGAUCCACGGACGAGUGUGAACUUAAUUAAUGCGGUAAAAGUUGAGUGCAAACAACUCCAGACACCCUUAUUCUUGACCUUCACGUUUGUGUUAUAUUCCUAUAAUUUUUAUAUUUAUCUCUUGUAUUGAUGUACAUUGCUAAAUUUGGUAAACGUUAAGUGCAAACAAAUCCAGACACCCUAAUUCUUGGCCUCUCUCAUUUUUAUCAUACUAUAUUUUUAUAAUCUUAUAUUUAUCUCCGGUAUUGAUAUACAUUGUUAAAUUCGUAAAAGUUAAGUGCAUAAAAAUAUAGACACCGUAAUUCUUGACCUCUUCAAUGUUAUGUGAUAUUUUUAUGAUUUUCAUAUUUAUCUCAUAUACUGAUGUACAUUGCUAAAGCUGAAAUCAUAUUUAUUUUUGUACAUGAGACUUUCAUUUUGACUAAUAAAUCAUCAUAAAAGCA